UCUUUUUUUUGUGUUUGACAUGAGCCUCAGUUUGUGUCGGAGGCGGUCGUCCGUGAUUAACGACGCAAGCAGGGCCACCGUAACGAGGACCAGAACCGAGACCGGGACCAGAAGGAGACGUUCCAACCCAUCCUCCCAGCAUUCCCAGUCCUUGCAGUUGUCCUAGUCCUCCCAGCAUUGGAGUCCACCCAGUCCCCUCACUCCUCCCAGUCCUUCCACCAUGAGCGUCCAGCCCCGGAGGAUCCGUCUGAAGCCCUGGUUGCUGGCACAGGUGAACAGCGGCAGGUACCCCGGUCUGCAGUGGCUCAGCUCGGAGCAUCGACUCUUCCAGAUCCCCUGGAAACAUGCCACGCGGCACACGGCGGCGCCAGAGGAGGAGAACACCGUAUUUAAGGCGUGGGCUCUGGAGACCGGUAAAUACCAGGAAGGCGUGGAUGAACCUGAACCUGCCAAGUGGAAAGCAAACCUCCGCUGCGCUCUGAACAAAAGCCGAGAGUUUCAGCUAAAGUAUGACGGCACUAAAGAAACUCCGGUUCAGCCGUACAAGAUCUAUGAGGUCUGUGAGCAGAGCGGGAACACAGAUGGGGUAGAUGAUGAUGACGAGGAGAUGCCAAAUCUGAUGGACCUCACAAUCAACCCCAAGACGGAAGACCCCCCGUCCUUCAGCACCUUCCCAGCGCAAUCAGAGGCGUUCGAAUACAUGAUCCCUGUGACCUCUGACCUCCAGGCUCAGGGAAGCUUUUGCCAGUUUGCUAGUGCGUCACUCUCCAACAAACUCCAGGAGCUGAAUCCUCUGCCUCCCCCGGCAGCGUCCACUGCCCCCGGGCCGGCACUGAUGGAGGCCAGUAACAUGGGGGACGUCCAAAACCACCAAUCCAGCAAGUAUGACCUGCUAAGCAGCGUCCCACUAACAGACCUUGACCUGAGGUUCCAGUACCGAGGCCGGACAGCCGGUUCUCUGACCGUCAGCAACCCUCAGGGCUGCAGGCUUUACUACGGACACCUGGAGCCAACCCCAGAGCAGGUGGACCUGUUUGGACCAGUCACCCUGCAGCAGGUCCUGUUCCCUGGGACGUCUGAGGUUCAAAACCAGAAGCAGAAGUUCUAUACCGAGGCUCUGCUGGACGUCAUGGACCGUGGGCUGAUCCUGGAAAUCUGGGAGCAGGACAUCUAUGCUGUCCGCCUCUGUCAGUGCAAGGUCUUCUGGUCCGGACCCGGCACGCCAGAGCAGGGUCCACCAAACCCCCUGGAGCGUGAAAAGAAGAUCAAGGUGUUCAGCCUCAACAACUUCCUGCAAGGGCUGAUUCUGUUCCAGAGAGGAGAGACCCAGAACCCUCCCCCCUUUGAAAUCUACUUCUGCUUCGGGGAGGACUGGCCCGACAAGAAACCAAAAGAGAAGAAGCUCAUCGUUGUCCAGGUUGUUCCUGUCGUGGCUCGGAUCCUGACAGAGAUGUUCUCUGGCGAACUCAGCUGGUCCAUCGACAGCAUCCGGCUUCAAAUCUCAAACCCUGACGUGAAGGACCAGACCGUAGAGCAGUUCAAGGAGCUGCAGCGGCUCCUGCAGAGCCAACACAUCCAGGGGCCCUGGACCCCCCACGUCUCCUGAUCCACAUCCAGGGGUCCUGGACCCCUGACACCUCCUGGUCCACAUCCAGCAACCCUGGACCCCCCACGUUUUCUGAUACACAUCCAGGGGCCCUGGACCCAGACGGUGGAUCGGAGCUGCAGAGGCUUCUGCAGAGUCAACACAUCCAGUCUCUAGGGGUCCGUUUCAAGAAGCAGGUUCAGUAUAAACUCAGAGUUUGUUCACCCUGAGAUGAGGGAAACUCUGGUUGUCGGUUUCAGAAAGGGAGGUAACUAAAGCUCAGGGUCAGUCGCUAUGGUAACGGAGCCUGUGAACCUCACCUGGUCCGAAGCAGGUGUUCUUCGUUCACAGGCUCCUCCCCCUGACAGCAGCCAGCCAAUGACACAGCGUGCUUUCAUUUCCUCAUUCAUUCAUCCUCUGAAUCAGUUCCCACAUAUGAACAAAAUAAGAUCCUGUUACGUUAAAGACUAAAGUGUCUUCUGGAACUUGGACGUCCUUUUCUGGACGAUCCUGUUGAUGAGGUUUUACUUCACAGGGUGUUAAACGUUGGAGAGAAUAUUGAGCCCUGAUCAGAUUUAUUGUCAUUUCCAGAUAAAUACUAGUUUGAACGGUAUGGUUUUUCUUCACAGUCCAUCAAAUAUGUCCAAACCUCCCUGUCCUCAUAUGACUAACGUCCUCCAUCGUGGACGUGCUGUCUCAUCACAGCACAUUCUUUGUGUCGUGUUACGUUUCCUUUACAACGUGAUGGAGAAUAUUAGUAAAGCUGCUGUUUGCAGAGCUGUGAGGAAACGUCUUUGUUCCCUGGACACAAACCAGUGAGCCAUUAAAGAGGAAUAAAACACAUUAUAGGUUCUAUACCAUUGGACCGGUUUGUAUUCUUGUGUUUGAAUAUGAGCAUGGUGUGUGUUUCCAGCCUGAUUAAUGUGUACAUUAAAUAUUAACUAACAACACCAUAUUGGAACUUAAGUGUUGACCCGAGCAGCAGGUUUCUGUGUUUUGCUGCAGCAGCGUGUUGCUUUGUUUCUAAUUACGGUUCACACUUGCAUUAAUAUUUACAGCUCAAUAGGGGUGACGUAGAACAAUUGUUUGUGGUCGUUGCCAUGGUAAGUUUGAGUAUUAUGGCUCCAUUUAUGCUGCCCUUAUACUGCCUGGUGAACCAACUCUAAACAGCUGUUUUGAAACCCAAAACUCAGUUUCCCGUCUCAGGUUAAAUCAACUCACUUUGUUAAACCUCCUACUUGAAACGGACCCCAGGUCCACACUGAGGGCCCUGGAGGUUUCUUCAGAGUAACGACAAUCAAACUGCAGAACUCAUUCUGAACAUGUUGACGAUUCAAAUGGUUUUAAAUGUUUCACUUCAGACGAAAUCUCAUCUGCUGCAAAACUAGCUUUAGAAGUGAAACUGUUUGAACUAAAGUGAUCAUCAGAACUGAUCUAAGAACUCAAGUUUACAUACACGCACACUAAAUCUCUUCAGUCUUUUUGAUGUAUUUUGACAGAUCUCCUUUAACCUUUAAAAUGUUCGACUAUCAAUAAACACCACGGCAGUAUUCAUUGAGGCAUCAAUUAUUUGACAUUGCAUUAGGAACAGUUACACUAUUAGGCAGAAUUAUAUCAGUGUUAUACAGCAUAGACUGAAUACAAUUAACCCCUAGUUCACAACAAAAUGUAUAAGAGUAUCAGUAUUGUACACCGUAUGCUGUAUUCACCUGGAAUACUUGCAUUACACAGUAGUAAACUGUACUGCCAAUACAUUGUUAAAGAUACGUUUUAUGCUUGUAAUAAACAUAUGGUGCAUUACUACGGAAUAGUAAUAUAUUAUACAGUUUCAGGUAAUGACAUCACUGAGAUCAUCGUUCACAUUCAAACCGCGUCAGAUUUCUUUAGAAUUCUGAUACGCUGAUCAUAAGAGUACUAUUUGACUCCACCGGGUACUGGAUCUUCUGGCUGCAGCUUCUUCUCCUUCAGGACAAACACAGGUCACUGUUUGGUUCUCCGGCUUGAGCAGCU